AUGGGUUAUGAUCUAGUUUGUUUGGGAAAUCCAUUAUUGGAUAUUCAGGCUGAUGUCAGCAAAGAAUUACUCAAAAAGUAUGACUUGAAAGAUAACGAUGCCAUUUUGGCCGAGGAAAAGCACAUGCCAAUUUUCAAAGAGUUGUUGAGUAUGGACAGUGUCAAGCUUGUUGCCGGUGGUGCCGCUCAGAACACUGCCAGAGGUGCUCAGUACGUUCUACCACCAAAAUCGGUUCUUUACUUUGGUUCUGUCGGCAAAGAUUUGUACUCCGAGAAGUUGACUAAUGCCAACAAUGCUGUUGGUUUGACCACUUCUUACAUGUACCAAGAUGAGUUUGCCACUGGUAAGUGCGCUGCUUUGAUAUAUCAUACUAAUAGAUCAUUGGUUACUGAUUUGGCUGCUGCAAACCAUUUCAAGCCAUCACACCUACAAAAGCCUGAAAAUUGGGCUGCUGUCGAAAGCGCAAAGGUUUUCUAUGUUGGAGGAUUUCACUUGACUGUUUCCCCUGAGGCCAUUGAGCUACUUGGAAAGCAUGCUGCCGAGAACAAUAAACUUCUCAUCUUAAACUUCUCUGCUCCAUUCAUUCCGGAGAUGUUCAAGGAUGCUCUUGACAGAGUCAUCAAGUACGUUGAUAUCGUUGUCUGUAACGAGUCUGAAAUUUCAUCCUAUGGAAAGUCUCACAAUGCUGGCACAGAAGACUUGGAUUCUAUUGCAAAGAAAAUUGUGGCUGUUCCGAAGGCUAACCAAAAGAGGGAGAGAAUAGUUUGUUUCACCCAAGGUACCAAGCCUACCCAUCUUGUCAGCAAGGAUAGUGUUAAGAUUUAUAAUAUUACUCCUUUAGAGUCUGAGAAAAUCACUGACACAAACGGUGCGGGUGAUGCCUUUGGUGCUGGCUUUGUUGCUGGCCUUGUCCAAGGUAAGGAGCUUGAAACCGCUAUUGACAUGGGACACUGGUUAGCCAGACUCUCCAUUCAGGAAGUUGGUCCUUCUUAUCCGGUCCCUAAACAAUCUUAUUCAAAUUAA